AUGGAAAUCGAAUACCUGGGGGCUUGGGAUGCAUCAGCCAAUGUACCCCCUCUAACACUGGCUGGAUUUAGUUUUCUGAACCCCGACGCUCUAGUUCGGGUAGGCAGGUUUCACAGUGUAACCACCUGGACUGCGGGCAGAAAUUUCGAUAAACAUACUCCGAAGUCUCACAUUCGUAAUUUACUUGGAGCUAUCAAAUCACCGGUACCCAGAUCUGCCAGGAAUGUUGUUUUACACAGCAAAGAUACUCCAAUUCCUGAAUCCUUCGACUCUCGUGAAAACUGGCCCAACUGCCAGAUUAUCGGAGUAAUCAAGGAUCAGUCCUCCUGUGGUUCAUGCUGGGCUGUUGCAGCAACUUCCGCAAUGAGUGACAGGAUUUGCAUUCAUUCCAAUGGGAAAAAACAAAUAUACGUUUCAGAUGAAGACUUGAUAUCAUGUUGUUCAGACUGCGGGUAUGGGUGUCAAGGAGGAUAUACUAUCGAAGCGUGGAAUUAUUGGCGGGAAACAGGUCUUGUUUCAGGGGGACCUUAUAACUCGACGACGGGAUGCAGAGCUUAUUCUUUGGCACCAUGCGAACAUCAUACAACCGGUUCCAAACCGGCAUGUCCUAAAGAUAUUUCUCCCACUCCUAGAUGCAAUGAACAGUGUGACAAACAAUCUUCCUUCUCCUAUCAAUCUGACAAAUCAUAUGGACAAAAUUCUUAUUAUGUUGGUGUGUUAGAUGAGCAAAUACAAUUGGAAAUAUUGAAAAAUGGUCCCGUUGAAGCUGCAUUUAUUGUAUACACAGAUUUUAUAACUUAUAAGAGUGGUACGUAUUCAUUUGAUCAGACCAGAUCAUACAUCUGUUAUCCAGCUGUCGCCCUACAAACGACAAGCCAUUCUAAGGGACUACGUUUACCCUAUCCACUGGUUGGAAUCAUUGUCAUCUAGCCACUUUCAAACCAG